UCUUCUGGAUAAAUUCUCUGGCAUCCGCAUCGAUGAAAGUAUACUGGAAGCGGCAGCCAGUAAUAAAUUUGAAGGGAACACACUGAUUCGGAUGUUACUAGACCGUGAUCCCAGUGUGCAAAUUGGGGAUCGCGUUAUCGAAGCUGCGGCCGGCAACACUGACCAAGGAAACGAGCUAAUCCAGACGUUACUGAAUCACAACAAUGGCCUAAGCAUCGGGGACAAUAUCGUCCAAGCUGCAGCAGGGAAUGCAACAACGGGUCAGAAAGUCCUAAAAAUAAUAUUCCAACAUGCACCGAAUACCAAGGUAUCCAAGGCUGCACUUGAAGAAGCAGCCCGCAAUGGCAACGGAAGAGGGCUGGCUGUGUUGCUGGGUCGCAUGAACGAGUCCGAGAUAACAGACAGCUUACUCGAACAUCUGCUAGAAAUUGCAAUAUACCCCGUCAAAAAUUAUGAAUCUCCUAUACAAACGGUGAGUCUAAUACUUGACCGUAGCAACACUGACCACCCUAUAUCGGAUGCUGUAAUGAAAGCAGCUGUGCGUGGGCGUUGGGCAGUUGAUACGUCAACGAAAUUGCUCCUUAAAUCAGGCAGGCCUUUCACGAUUACCGAGGAACUUCUCGAAGUUGCAGCCCUGGAAGCGACCGACGACCGUGUACUUGGGUGGCUGCUGGAGUAUGAAGAGAAUUUGCCUGUCACAGAGAAUAUCGUUAUUGCGGCGAUCGAGAAUAAGUAUACCGGUGAACUAGCAAUGAAAUGUUUGCUGGAUAGAGCAAAUAUAAACAUUACUAAGGACAUGCUUAAGAGGGCGGCGGAACUUGAUGGGAGCUAUCCCUACGGGUGGUUUCGCGGUGAGGGUAAGGCACCCCGACAGCUCACUAGAUUUCUACUUGAGUAUCAAGACAACCUCGACGUCAAUGAAGUUUUCGAGACUGCUGCGCGAAACGAAAUAUUUGAGAAGUUCAUGUUCGUUGAUCUGCUCGAGUGGAGAGAAAACCCGGAAAUCACAGAAGUUGUUCUUGUUGCAGCCGCCCAAUCUACCGGGGAAGCCAUGGAAGCCAUUCUUGAACACAAACCAGACAUUCAGAUUACUCAAGAAGUUCUGAAGCUAGUGGCAAGCAACGAGAGAUGGAAAAUGUUCUCUAUCAUGCAAAUAAUCUUCCAUUACCAGCGCAACAUUGAGAUCACGGAGGGUGUGAUGGAAGCUGCAAGGAACAAUAAGACUAUGGGGCGAAACUUGACUGCGCUGUUACGAAAGCACCAGGAAUCGUGCACCUCGUCUUCUUCGACACGACGGCGAAUAAGAUAACAUACUAAUUAUACAGUCUUUUUUCACGGCUGAGGAUUGUCUAGUUGGUUAUU